GGCGCACGGUGCCAUCGCCCUCGCGCGCCUUGCGGGAGAGUCCGGGCUUCCAUUACUUGUUGCUAUGUGCAGGCGCUGCGGUGGAUGAGGGCAUGGGGGCCGAUAUGAUAUCGAUGCCGCCGCGGCGGAACAGUACCGGGCGCCACCAGUCCCCCGCCGUAGGGGCAUGGGCGCGAACGAGGAAUUCUUGGUUAUAGUCACGCUAAAGAAAUUUGCCAUCAAGUGAUCAAGUGGUGGUACAACUCAUGCAAAAAAAUGCACCCGCACGGCUACAGUUCAUGGAGACUCCUACUAGUGCAUUGAUCUUGAACGUGCUACCAUUGGUGCACCUACACAGAGGUACAUACUGGUUGUCACUGCUGGGGACGAGACAGAUGCAAUCACAAAACUCCUUGAAAGAACUUUUAUAUGGAACGUUAGCUUCAGUGAAAGAUAGAUACUGGGAAUACUCUUAUUCCAAUGUCACCAGCGGGGUCACAACAGCCGUCAUUCAUACUCUCACAAGCCUAGCGUCGCUCUUACCCGAAGCAAGUUCAGAGCCUGUGGAGGCUCCAGAUAUACUUGCGGACUCGCCAACAGCACCCUUGGACGGUGAUGCAACUAAUGUGCAAAAGAUUGGUACUGAUCCUAAAGACAAUAUAGGCGUGGUUAUCGCCUCCUCUACAACCAAGGCGCAGAAAAAUACUACUGGGAAGAGGUGCCACUGGUUCGGGCAGUGCAGAUGUGCAGAUGACCCUGCUAACUUGCUAAGCCUAGUGCCAGCCAGGAUGCUUAGCUACAGGGGGAAGGGGUGUGUGGCUUUUGUCUUCACAGCCUUUUGAUGUGUGAUCACUUGUUGCUGCUAUUUUGGGUGACAGCAUAUUUUGCUCUGAAGAAGAGGAUGCAGUAUGUAUUGUGUGUGCACCAGCGGAAGCUGAUACUUCAAGGUUUGCACUGGAUCAAGCUUCUAAUCACGUGUGUGGUCCUCCCUCCGCCAAUGGUUCAUCCUCCGUGGCUUAUAGCCUGCUCGUGCCAGGGGCCGGCGGACAUGUAGACAGACAUGGACGACAUGUACUGCUCCUUUGUAUGUGUGGGAUCACCUGCUGCGGAACAUCCUGUCUUAAGCGACAUGGUUGCGAACUGUUUGCCGCUUUAUUUAUUAAGUUUUAGCGUAGUGAACUCGCUUUGAUGACCUGGGUGUGUAAUUGAGCCAGUAUUCUAAGCUACCAGAUGGACCUUUGGUAGUAAUAGAUUCUGGUUUCCACAUGCAUGUGGAUAGAACCCUCUGGGCUGCAGUGCCAUGUAAUGAAGUUAGUGUGCCUCUGUGUUAGCCGUAUAUGUUCACGCUUUUAAUUGUAUGACAUUGGUAUAGCAUGCCGAGGCAAACACUGCUAGGUUUAUUAUCCGUGGAAUUCAUGUAGUACCCAAGUUACACGUGGCAUUUGUGCAUUGUUA